GAGCUGGUCGCUAAGAUGGCGGCCUCUGAAGCGAACGGACCUGCAGACCCGGACUCGGCGCUUGGCCAGGAAACCGUUUCCUCUGGGGCUCUUUGGCGUCUACAGCAGCCGGGCGAGACCUUACCCCUUGGGAAGCAAACGGGGAGGCCCGUCUCCAGGAUGCCCGCGGGCCGCCGUAUCGCCGGGGCUGCGGCAUCGCCUCAAGGGCGGGAAGCUCCAGUAGCCCAGGACGACGGCCUCGCGGCUUCUCAUCCCGACUUUCUGGCUCAGGGCUUCAGCUCGGCGACUUCCUCCUCGACUUCGGCGGCCCCGCCGGUGUCCAGUAUCCCGCACGACGUGGCGCAGCGGCUGCAGAAGGUGCCCCGUGUCCCCGCCAGGCUCCUGCCGACCAAGCCAUUGGAAACCAUCUGUGUCCAAGUACAGCCAGAACAGAAAAAAGAGAAAGAAAGAUCAGAGCUAUCUCUUGCAGCAAUUCAAAGAUCAAAAAAUGCAGCCAUGAGUCAGCCACUUGAGAAGAAUUCCAGGAUUGUAGCACUCAGUGUUAUUAACCCACAUAUUGUUACAGUGCCUGGACCACAGCAAUUUUUGUUACAUAAAUCUUCUGAACCUACCCUUCAGCUGCUUCUGCAGAGACCUUUACAUCCUCUUGGACAAGUUUCCUCAGGCAAGAUAACACAUGAACUACUCAAUGGACAGAAAAACAUAUCUGUUACAAUAGCUGCUUCAGAGUCUCCAAAUGUUACUCGUGCCCCAUCUUGUUCAGCAAAUUCACUCACAAACCACGAGAAGAAGUACAAAUAUAGAGUUAAAAAAUCUCUAAAAGUGAAAACUCGUUCUGGGCGAAUUUCAAGGCCUCCCAAAUAUAAAGCUAAGGAUUACAAAUUCAUUAAAACUAAAGACUUGGCUGACUGUCACCAGUCUGAUUCUGAUGACUAUGCUGAGCUAAGUCUAGAAGAUGAUGAAGGAGGAGGCAAGGAGAAAGAAGUGUGCUCAUUAUUUGGUCCUUUGAACUAUGACCUAAAGCCAAAAUUGUUUAAAUGUCAAAGCUGUGAAAAAUCCUAUAUAGGAAAAGGAGGGUUAGCACGGCAUUAUAAACUUAAUCCAGCUCAUAGGCAGGAAGAAUCUUCACAAUCUUCUGCUAUAAAUAGACGGUUGCUGGAGUGUACUGGGCAGACAAGUUGUGAAAGUAUACAUCAGAUGCUUUCACCAACAAUUAGUGCCCCUUUAAUAAAUGAAAUUGGAUCAUCUGUAGACUUGAAAAAUAAUCUUCCUAUAGAGAAUGAGCAACAGUCUUCUACAUCUACAGAAGAUGGAAAGUUAAUAGAACAUCAAAACACCGAUUUAUUGUAUUUGGGUCCUGGAAGACCCCAACAACCAAGAAGGUGUGGCCGACCAAAGACAGCUGAAAGAUCAAGGUAUUCUGGAAGAUAUAGCAGGCGCAGUCAGUUCUCUUCAAAGUGUCUUAAUAAUAUGUCAGCAGAGCACCACAGUAUAUUUAGAAGGAAAGCUAGGCUAAAAGAGCUGAUCCAGCAAUGUGCCAACGAAGAUUUUAUGGAGCUGGCUCUUCCACGCUUUACAACACUUGUUACUGUAUCUGAAUUCCUAUUGAUGAAGGUAGGAAAAAAAUACCCAACAAAAGCACUCUUUCCAGAAGUAUACCGGGAAUUUGAAGAGUUGCACACUAUAGUAAAGAAAAUGUGCCAAGACUAUUUGAGUACUCCUGAAUUAAACAACCCUCUGGCAAUAAAAAACCCAAAGGUGGCUGAAUCUCUAGGAAUUAUAGGCAGUGAUCUUGAAAUGCAAAUGAUUCAAACAAUAGACUCUGCACCCGAGUGUAUUAAAAUUGCUGAUGCACGUGUAUGUACAGAGAAACGAGCAACUGAGGGUUCUGAUGAAAUGUUGCCAUUUGCAAAAAAGAUCAGAGCUGAAAAUUUGUUAGAAAGUGUGACUAUCAGUUCAAGUCCUGGUGAAAUAAAGGAAAGAAGUCCUGCAUAUGAAGGUAGUGGUUCCCCCCCAGAACAGAACUGCAGAGCAAACAUUUGCACUGGAUAUAGAUUACAGCAAAAGGAGUGCCACAAAUCACUUGAACUAGAAGCUUCAAAUGAGAUUGCAGAUACAGAUCAGUUCCUGCAAGGGAAGGCUGAGAUCUUACAACCUUCAAGUGUAUCAGAGUUGGAUUGUUCAGGCUACCUAUUCUCACAGAGUGAAAGGUUGCCACUCACCAGUUUAGAAAGUUCACAAGAAAAGAUGGUGGCAGCAUACUCUGGUUGUAAUGCAGCAAGCGGACUAAGUGUGUUUGAGAUUUGUAACUCCACAGCAUCAAAAAAAGCUAAUCAAAAUCGUUCCUUGUCAGUGCAUGAAGAAAGCAAUCAUAAUGAAAAAUAUCAAUCUCAGGAAGAAGCGAGGAUUUUGUCAUUAAUAGAUUGUGAACAUCCUAGGGUAUCUGAUUAAGCAAAAUCUUCCCAAAUUAGUAACAUGGCAGUAGCUAAUCCAUUUGGGUCUCAAUGAGAUAGCGUUUCUAUAUGAGCUUAGAAAACUCAUUGACAGUUGAUUAAAAAGAUGACUGGAUGAGUUAGAAACUCUUCUCUAGGGAUAUGAAAUAGUUCAGGCUUUGCCUCAUCCUGGUGCUGCUGUCUUUUUCAACCAGUGUUGUAACCAAAUUGAUGAUUCUGCUAUGCACUUACAAGUUCAAGUUCUUUGGAAAGUACUGAGGCUCUUUUAACAACAUUGUUCACACAGAGAACUUGCUCAGAGUAAAGCCAUUGUAAAAAUAUAUGGUUUUU